AUGGACGUUCAUGAUUUCAUGAGUGGAGAUGUACAAGCGAAGGUCGUUGACGACGAGUUGGUCAUCGAGGGACUUGUGGAUGGCAUCCUCGCAGUUACUGUGAUGUUUAAGGAAGGAAAUGUCGAGGCAAAUACUGCUGAAAACUCCAUUAAAACUGAAGCAAAACGCAGCCUCACAAAAGAAAUAAUUCAGUCGGAAUCACUUUCACUUCCUGCUGAAAAACGUCUGCUUGAGACCAAGAAUGAAAACCAAAAUGGACUGAACGAGUAUAUGACAUCUCAGUCCGAGGAAACUCGUCAUUUCUCUCGAGAUUUCACGUCGGGGACAAAGACGCCUUAUCUUGAUUGCAGUUUCGAGGACAGCAAUAGACUGAGACGCUUUGGACAAGAAAGUGGCAGGGAGUCUCAAGAAACUAACAGGUAUAACGUCACCAAGACACCAUUGGGAACGUCCUCUCGUUUGGCGAGUGGAUCUCUUUCUAGCUUCGCAGAGAAGUCUUUUCCUAUCACGAGGAAAGGACACUUUUUCUCCCAUUACUUCUUCCGAGACACAAGGGAGGAUUUCCAGAAGGCCGUUAGGGAAAUCCUGAGCAGAUGGGGAGAGAAGUCCUGCGGUGACGAGAUGACUUCCUACAGGAAACUACGAGCACGAAAUAUGAGGGAAGACACUCAGGCUGUGACGUCCUCGGAAGAUGAACGCCAUUAUAAGUUUGUCAUUGAUGUUCACGACUUUAUGGACGUUGGAGAGAUCAGCGUGAAGGCUGUGAACGAGCGAGAGUUGGUGGUCGAAGGUCACUUGGAGAAGAAGGAAGACGGUUCCAAGUCCAGCAAGCGGUUCCUUCGGCGCUUCGUUGUUCCUGGAGACAUUGAGCUUGAGGCUGUCAUUUCAGUCAUGUCUUCUGACGGUGUGCUUAAAAUUUUGGCUCCAAAGAAGGAGGGCCAUAAUCGAAAACAUUUUUCGAUUGAUGUAGAAGACAUGGACGAUGUCGAGGCAACGGUUUCAAGGAAAUUUAGAAAUGGACAUCGUCUCGCCGAGGAAUAUUUGAAGAAGAGAGAUUCAUCUUCUGAUGACGAGGAAUUAAGAGCUUUUGCCAAACAAUCCAAUAACCAAUACCGAGUCACUUUCCAAGACGAUGACGAAGAGUUUGAAGGUGGACACGUGUUCAACAAGGAGACAAAGAUGACAAAUGACAGCAGCAAGGAUUUCAAGUAUAACAUUCCAAGCCUUUCUAUGGAAACCAGGGUUUUGCACAUAGAGAGGAGAGGUGUGUUUGCUGAAGACUAUUGCUUCGCAAAUGUCCGUAACAGCUUCAGCCAGGCGGUGAGAGAAGUGCUGGAAAAGGCCAGUGAAUGGACCUGUCGAAGCGACGCCAUGCACAACUACAGACGUCUGCGUCAACGCAACCUCAAGUUGGAAAAUCAGGCUGUUGGCAUCUUGGACGAUCAGGACUCGCACAAGAUCGUGAUGGACGUGUUUGACUUCAUGAAGGGCGACGUGACAGUGCAGUUGGUGAAGGGCAAGGAGCUGCUGGUGGAGGGUCAAGCAGAGAGGCAGGACGGAGGCAGAGUGUCCCGAGUGAGCUUCGUGCGUCGCUUCGCCUUGCCUGAGCUCGUCGAGCGAGACGCCAUCAGCUGCGUGUUGUCCUCGGACGGAAUCCUGACGAUCACCUGCAGGAAGAGAGCAAGCGGCUACAGCGCAAGGGAUUUUGCAGCGAGAGGAAGCCCCACGUGGACACAGCUGGCGGGUGGGAGGACAAGGAUGCGAAGGACUCCCUCGCGGAUUGGGAAGGAGCCAGUUCUCGGGCCUUCAGCACCGGCUCUCGCUCCCGCUACCAUCGCUCUUAUGCGACGCAAAUUAGAGUGA